AUGGUUGAAGAGAACUUUACAACAGCCGGAGUGACAAAGGAUGCGACCAAAUUUGGGUACAUUACCGGAGUGUUAGAACCGCGGUAUGCGUUAGAAGUGCGCGAUAUAAUAGUGAACAAACCCACGACCAACGCGUACGGUGUGUUAAAAUCUGAACUUAUAAAACGCCUCAGCACGUCCCGAGAGCAAAAAACGCGGCGCCUGCUAGAAUUGGAAGAAAUGGGCGGCAGGAAGCCUUCCCAAUUUCUGCGCCACUUGCAAACUCUCGCUGGUCCGACCGUUCCCGACACCAUGCUGCGGACAUUGUGGUUUGCCCGUCUUCCGCCCAAUAUGCAAGCUAUCCUAGCAGCACAUCGAGACUUAUCUCUUGCCAAAAUAGCCGAAGCGGAAGCAACCCCUUCAGCUGGUGAUGUCCUAGCCGCUCAACUGCAACAAUUAACGGUCACACUCCAACAGCAAAUUUCAUCCCUGCGCCAAGAAGUGUCGGAAUUAAAAAAUGCUAGAAAUAAAAAACUCAUCGAUGGAACAACCCUUCUCACCGUUCAGGGACAAGCAGUGAAGGAGAAGGUGCAAUCAGUCAAAUUCAUCACAGGAUCCAGUCAGUUCCACGAAAUCUUAACUAAAUUCCCUGAAAUCACUCGACCCAAUGGCACCAUCAAUUAG